CAUCAGAGAAUCCACACACAGGAGACACCCUACAAAUGCAGUGAGUGUGGGAAAACCUUCAAUCGCAGCUCCCACCUUAUUAGGCAUCAAACAAUCCACAGAGGAGAGAGGCUCUAUGAAUGCCGUGAGUGUGGGAAAUGCUUCACUAGCAGCUCAAACCUUUCUAAACAUCAGAGAAUCCACACAGGGGAUAGGCCCUUUGAAUGCCGUGAGUGUGGGAAAAACUUCACUCACAGAUCAGACCUUUCUAGACAUCAGAGGAUCCACACAGGGGAGAGACCCUAUGAAUGCAGUGAGUGUGGGAAAAACUUCACUCACAAAUCAGCCCUUUCUGUUCAUCAGAGAAUCCACAGAAGGGAGAGGCCCUAUGAAUGCAGUGUGUGUAGGAAAAGCUUCACUCACAGAUCAGACCUUUCUAGACAUCAGAGGAUCCACACAGGGGAGAGGCCCUGUGAAUGCAGUGAGUGUGGGAAAAACUUCACUCACAGAUCAGCCCUUUCUGUUCAUCGGAGAAUCCACACAGGGGAGAGGCCCUUUGAAUGCCGUGAGUGUAGGAAACAUUUCAGUCACAAAUCAGCCCUUUCUGUUCAUCAGAGAAUCCACACAGGGGACAGGCCCUAUGAAUGCAGAGAGUGCGGGAAAACCUUCAAUCACCGCUCAAACCUUAUUACCCAUCAGAGGAUCCACACAGGGGAGAGGCCCUAUAAAUGCUGUGAGUGUGGAAAAUGCUUCACUAAGAGUUCAGCCCUUUCUGAACAUCAGAGAAUCCACACAGGGGAGAGGCCCUAUGAAUGCCGUGAGUGUAGGAAAACCUUCAAUCGCAGCUCAACCCAUGUUAGCCAUCAGAGAAUCUGCAAGGGAGAUCAACAUUGGCUGUGUAACUACUGUGGGAAAAACUUCCAUUACCGCUCAGCCCUUAUUCGACAUGAGAUAAUCCACACGAAAGAGAGACCCUACGAAUGCUGUGAGUGUGGGAAAAGCUUCAAUCAUACCUCAGCCCUUAGUAGGCAUCAGCGAAUACACAGAGGAGACAAACCCUAUGAAUGCUGUGAGUGCGGGAAAAGCUUCACUCAGAGAUAUACCCUUAACUCUCAUCAGAAAAUCCACACAGAAGAGCGACCCUACGAAUGCUGCAAGUGCGGGAAAAGCUUC